GGUGAACAUUUGGAUGAAAUAAGAGAGAUUGAAUUUGUGCAUAAUAUGCGUGAAAUGAUCAAUGGAGAAUUUCGUCAUGAAAUAGAUCAGUUUGGAUGGACAUUUUUUAAAGCUAUUGAAGUUGAUAAUAGUGGUUUUAUAUCACAAGCAUCAUAUAGAACACUACAAGAAGCUUGGCAUGUUGGUCGAGAAGAAGCUGAAGGCAUGUUUAAGAUGAUUGACAGUGAUAAAGACGGUAAAAUCAGUAGUGAUGAAUUUCUUACAGCAUGGAAUGAAUAUUUUCUUAGUGAAGAUCCACAAAGUCCAUAUAGAAUGUUUUUUGGACCGGUUAUCUCAAGACCAACAGAAGCAAGAUAAGUUUUAAUCAAUUAAAUGAAUAAAGAAUUAACUGAAAAGUAUACUUAUAUUGACAUACACAUACACACACAUACAUAGAACUAUAUUAACCAUUCUACUGUUAGAUUCGUUAUACUAUAUAUAAGACUACAACAAUUCACCAUUUAGCCUGAAUACUUAUUCCAUAUAUGUAACAAUCUAUGUAUUUCAUACUGGUUAUAUAGGUGACCAUUUGAUAUAUCUCAUCAAAUAAGUUAUUAUCACGUUCUAAUCUUCUGUGUAGUGAUUACACUGUUGUUCUAUUCUAGACUUUUAAUUGUUUAAUCACUUUUUUUUUACCUCAGUUUACUUUAAAGUACACUAUUAUAAACCACUUUAGUACUUCAUAACUGUUAAAUUAUAUUUCUAAUUUAUUUAUUGAUAAUUAUAGGCAUGCAAAUUAUAUUUCAAUUGAAAGUAUAUGCAUAA